AGGUGGCUAUUUUUAAUGCAGUAGUGUCAUUAGCUGGCUGAAGACUAAAGAUGAGAAUAGCAGGUGCUGCAAAGUUGAUAGUAGUCGUAGCAAUAUUUUUAUUGACGUUUUAUGUCAUAUCUCAAGUGUUUGAAAUAAAAAUGGAUGCAAACUUAGGACACAUAUUUGCUAGAUCAGCACUGGAUGCAGCUGCACGCUCUACAAAACCUCCAAGAUACAAAUGUGGGAUCUCUAAAGCUUGUCCUGAAAAACAUUUUGCAUUCAAAAUGGCAAGUGGAGCAGCAAAUGUAGUUGGACCUAAAAUUUGUGUAGAAGAUAACAUUUUAAUGAGUGGAGUUAAAAAUAAUGUUGGCAGAGGAAUAAAUGUGGCCUUGGUCAAUGGUAAAACAGGAGAACCAUUAGACACUAAAUUCUUCGACAUGUGGGGAGGAGAUGUGGCACCAUUUAUUGAAUUUCUGAAGUCCAUCCAGGAUGGAACGAUAGUGUUAAUGGGAACAUAUGAUGAUGGUGCAACCAAGCUUAAUGAGGAAGCACGGAAACUGAUUGCUGAAUUAGGAAGCACAUCUAUUACUAACCUUGGCUUUAGAGACAACUGGGUCUUCUGCGGUGGAAAAGGAAUUAAGACUAAAAGUCCAUUUGAACAGCAUAUAAAGAACAACAAGGACACAAACAAGUAUGAAGGCUGGCCAGAAGUUGUUGAGAUGGAAGGCUGCAUCCCUCAAAAGCAAGACUAAAUGAAAACAAAAGGAAGGGAGAAAGAAUAUGAAAGAAAAAUGCACUUUCUGCUAUUAUUAGGGAGAGGGCUGUGAAGGAGACUGUACUGUAAAUAAUAUUUUUAAAGCAUGCAAUCAUCUUGUCGGUGUGUGCAUGAGCACUGACAUUUUGAAUAUUUGGAUUAUUUAUUGCUAAUACACAUAGAAAUCCUUUUUGUAAAUACGUCCAAAAUAAAAGAAACAUCAAAUAAUUUCUAUGCAGGUUUCUUAAAAGCACAGUAUUUAGUUUGCCUGUGGUAAAUAAUAUCUUGUAGAUCAACUGGCUCAUAAAUUGCAUAUGCGGAUAAUAAACAGAUCCUGACAAAUGUUGUACUGUCCCCUUAACAGCGUAAUGUUGCUGUGAGUAUGUAACCUUUGUGGAAUAUUGUAGAUUUUAGUGAUAAGUUAAUAAAAAGCUUUAAUUUUUUUUAAUGCUCUGCCUUUUUAAUGGCAGCAUCACUUUUUAUUAAAGCUGUUUGGUUAUUCUAA